AUGAAUGUAGGUGAAAAUAAAGGAAACGAGUCCAAAAAACCCACGAAAAUGGAAUUUUCAGGAGCUGCUAUGAAGAAUGAUGCUCAGCAGCAAAAAGGAUUUGGACGCCUACUUCUGAACACUAUUCGCAAAAUUCAGGGCAGCAAAGGAGCUACUCUUCGGGAUAUGAAGACUUUCCUCAACAACAGUCAGAAGCUAGACGUCAAAUCCAUUGACGCUGAGAUAAAAUUAUUCUUGAAGAGUGCCGUAGAUCGAGGUAUUUUAUCAAAACUGGAUGGCCAUUAUAAAGUCAUGGAACGAGGUAGAAGGCGAAGAAGUCCCAGCAGAAGGAGAGGUAAGUCAGCUGGGGCUCCCAGAAGUCGCAGGCGCAGAAGAAGGAGUGCAUCUCCUAAAAAGGCAAGAUCGCGACGAAGGAGAUCAUCAAGAAGGAAAGCAUCAGGAAAGAGUUCCAGACGCCGUCGACGUCGUAAGACCGCUGCUCCUGAAGAAUGA